AUGUCUUCUGUCGCAGAACCAUCCAGUUCCGCUGCCAGUGGCUCUCCCAGUAAAGAAAGAGUUGAGGUGAUGUCAAAAGCUGUGAACUUGAUGGGCCAAGGGAAAAGAAAUCUAAUCUGUGGAGAUGUUCCAAUGGCUGUUACUCAAUUUGAAGAAUCUUGUCAAAUUCUGGCCAAGUGCUAUGGAGAGAUGGCAUUUGAAUGUGCUGCUGCCUACUUCUCUUAUGGUCAUGCCUUGCUAGAAUUGGCCAGGCUAGACUCGAAGGUCAUUGAAAGUCUUGAAGCUGAAGCAGCUGCUGCUGAAGCGGAGGAAGACGACGACGACGAUGAUGAUGAUGAUGAAGAGGAAGGAGAUGAUGGAGAAAAUGAGAAAUCUGAAAAAGAUUCAGAUAAAUAUAAGCGUGUCUGCAUAUGCAUGUUUCUAACAGAAAAAGAUGAUGGUGCUUCUUCUAAAGCUGCUUCCAAAGAGGAUGAAGGAACUGGAGAUGAAGAUCGGACGGACAAUUCAGAGUCUCUUUCCUCACAAGACGAGGCUGUUGAAAAUCAGGAGAAACCAGAAGAAAAGGAUCCAGAGGAAGAUGAACAUAACAUUGCCUUCUCACGUUGGAUAUAUUGGCCAUUCUCAGAUGAAGUAUCCAAGUCUUUGAACACCUCUGAAUCUUUUGUUCUUCAGUCUAUUAAUGGACAUACAAGAAAUGAAAUGUGCUGGAUGGGCUUCACUGAGAUUGCUUAUCUGAGAAAAGAUAAAGAAUCCCAAUUGAAGGCAGCUCAAGCCUACUUAAAGCUGGGCGAAGUCGGUUUGGAAACUGGUCUUUAUGAUUUGGCAGCAGAGGAUAUCAAAGAAUGUCUUAAAAUUCAGAAAGAACAUCUAAAUCCAGAGGAAAGAGAAAUAGCUGAAACGUAUCCUUAUUUGUAUACAAACACACCUGAUUUUGAAAUGCCAGAUUUUAGAUUAGUUGGUCAUUGGUGGGAUCUCCACAAAUGGAAAGAAAACCCUUUAAACUGUUGUAUCUAUGAUUAUAAAAAUGAUAUUAAUGCAUUGAUUUUUGUGUUUGCAGAUAAAUUAAAUAAAUCUAAAGAACAUUUAAAAGACAGCACAGAAACCACAGAUGUUGAAACCGUAUACAAUGCUCGGACAGAAAUCAAAGAAUUAGAAGAAAUAGUUCCAGACAUUACACAAAAGAUUACAGAUACAAUUGAAGAAAAGAAAACGGUUGCAGAUUUGAAGGCUUUUGCUAAAAAAGAGGCUGCAGAAAAAAUGGUAACUAUGUUUGUGAUUCUAGUGUAG